AUGGCGAAAUCGAGCGCCGACGACGGCGAGCUCCGGCGAGCUUGCGAAGCUGCAAUCGAGGAUCCGAAGCAGAAGAUCGUGAUGUCUCUGCGCGUCGCCAAGAGUCACGGCAUCUUAGGAAAAUCGUCCAAGCUCGGUCGCCAAAUGGCCAAGCCUAGGGUUCUCGCUCUCUCCAUUGUUGGUGAUGACGUGGUAUUUGCUGCAGCGAAAUCGAAGGGUCAGAGGACAUCGGCUUUUCUUCGCGUGUUGAAGUAUUCAACGGGAGGUGUUCUUGAACCUGCAAAGCUAUACAAGCUAAAGCACCUGUCAAAAGUGGAGGUUGUAGCAAAUGAUCCCAGCGGAUGUACAUUUACUCUGGGAUUUGAUAACCUUAGAAGCCAGAGUGUUGCUCCUCCUCAAUGGACCAUGCGCAAUAUUGAUGACAGGAAUCGUCUCCUUCUUUGCAUCUUGAACAUAUGCAAAGAUGUUUUGGGUCGCCUUCCAAAGGUUGUGGGUGUAGAUGUUGUGGAGAUGGCUCUUUGGGCUAAGGAAAAUACACCCCCUGUUUCUGCUCAGAAUAAAGUGCGAGAUGGUGGUCCUGUUGCAUCUGCUGUGAGGGAGACAGAAUUGAAAGUUAAUGUUGAAAAGGAACUUGUCUCGCAGGCAGAGGAAGAGGACAUGGAAGCACUUUUGGGAACUUAUGUCAUGAGUAUUGGUGAAGCGGAAGAGUUUUCUGAAAGGUUGAAGAGGGAGCUACAGGCACUGGAAGCAGCAAAUGUGCAUUCUCUUUUAGAAAGUGAACCUUUGAUGGAUGAGGUGUCACAAGGGCUUGAAGCAGCAACCAGUGUUGUGGAAGAUAUGGAUGAAUGGUUAAGCAUAUUCAAUGUAAAACUACGACACAUGAGGGAGGACAUUGCAUCAAUAGAAACCCGCAAUAACAAUCUGGAAAUGCAAUCAGUUAAUAACAAAUCUCUCAUUGAAGAGCUUGAUAAGCUUCUUGGGCGGUUGCGUGUCCCUUCUGAGUAUGCUACAAGUUUGACAGGAGGUUCAUUUGAUGAAGCUCGAAUGCUUCAAAAUGUUGAAGCAUGUGAAUGGUUGACUAGUGCCUUGCGUGGUCUUGAAGCUCCUAAUCUAGACCCUAGUUAUACAAACAUGAGAGCUGUUAAAGAAAAGCGUGCAGAACUUGAAAAAUUAAAAUCUACUUUUGUCAGGAGAGCAUCUGAAUUCUUGAGAAAUUAUUUUGCUAGUUUGGUGGACUUCAUGAUAAGCGAUAAAAGCUACUUUUCUCAGUCUUUGAAUGAAUUUAUUGGUAUCAUUUUUACUGCUUGCUCUAAACAGCGAGGACAGUUGAAGAGGCCUGAUCAUGCCGACCUGCGGUACAAGUGCAGGACAUACGCCCGUCUUCUGCAACAUUUGAAGAGUCUUGACAAGAAUUGCUUGGGUCCACUUAGAAAAGCUUAUUGCAGUUCUCUAAACUUGCUUCUUCGCAGGGAGGCCCGUGAGUUUGCAAAUGAACUUCGUGCUAGUACUAAAGCAUCUAGAAAUCCAACUGUUUGGCUUGAAGGUUCCACAGGCUCUGGUCAAAAUGUAAACGCCACUGACACUUCUACAGUCUCUGAUGCUUAUGCAAAGAUGCUUACCAUUUUUAUCCCACUUCUGGUGGAUGAGAGUUCUUUCUUUGCACACUUCAUGUGCUUUGAAGUCCCUACACUUGUUCCUCCUGGAGGUGUUGUUAAUGGAAAUAAAACUGCAUAUGAUGAUGAUGAUGAUGAUGAUGAUUUGGGAAUUAUGGACAUUGAUGAGAAUGACAGCAAAUCUGGUAAAACUUCUGCGGAGCUUGCAGCUUUAAAUAAAUCACUUAAGGAUUUACUUGAUGGAAUACAAGAAGACUUUUAUGCUGUUGUCGAUUGGGCAUACAAGAUUGAUCCUUUACGCUGUAUAUCAAUGCAUGGAAUAACAGAACGCUAUCUCUCUGGUCAGAAAGCUGAUGCUGCAGGAUUUGUAAGAGAUUUGCUUCGUGACCUGGAGUCUCGGAUAUCUAUGCAGUUCAACCGUUUUGUUGAUGAAGCUUGUCAUCAAAUUGAAAGAAAUGAACGCAAUGUUCGCCAAAUGGGUGUCCUCUCCUACAUUCCCAGAUUUGCAACCCUCGCAACUCGGAUGGAGCAGUACAUCCAGGGUCAGUCUAGGGAUUUGGUUGACCAAGCAUAUACAAAAUUUGUAAGUGAUUCGUUGUGA